AUGGCGGAAAAGUGUGUGCACCAGGGCUGUGGCAAGCUCUUCACAGACGCCACUGAAGAGUGCAAAUACCACCCGGGGCCGCCCAUCUUCCACGAGGGGCAGAAAGGAUGGAAGUGCUGCAAGCCUCGCGUUCUCACAUUUGACGAGUUCAUGACCAUUCCUCCAUGCACAGUCGGCGUGCACUCGACGACGGACAAGCCGCCCGAGGUGGAGGAGAAGCCCAAGGAAGACGACGCCAUGCUGACCAAGAAGAUUGCCGAGCUGACAGCCGGCCCGCGCCGCACGCCCAUCCAGGCCGCCCAAGCCCAGGCCGCGCCGACGCCGCCGCCGCCGCCGCCCGAGUCCGAAGACGAUGACCCGAGCCUCGAGAUCGCCGACGGCGCGACCUGCCGCCGCCGCACGUGCGGGCAGCAGUACAAGAAGGCCGCCACGCGCGACGGCGAGUCGUGCGUGCACCACCCGGGCGUGCCCAUCUUCCACGAAGGCAGCAAGGGCUACAGCUGCUGCAAGCGGCGCGUGCUCGAGUUUGACCAGUUUAUGAAGAUUGAGGGCUGCACGACCAAGGACCGCCACCUGUUCAUCGGCAGCGGCAAGAAGAGCAAGGGCAGCGCAAGCGGCGAGGAGAAGCUGGAGACUGUCAGACACGACUUUUAUCAAACCCCAGCGAGCGUGAUUGCGUCCUUUUUCCUCAAAAAGAUCAACAAAGAGACGGCCAAGGUCGAGUUCAAGGACAAGGCGCUCUCGCUGGACCUCGUCACCACCGACGCGCCGCCCAAGCGCUACACGGCCGAGGUGCCGCUCUACGGCGCCAUUGACACUCAAAAGUCGACGCACAAAAUCCUGGGCACCAAGCUCGAGGUGAAUCUCGUCAAGGCGGACGGCGCAUCGUGGCCGGUGCUCCGCGGCGACGAGGCUUUGACGGGCCAGAUUUUGCAGAUUGGCAGAGCUGGCCGAGCGUAA